AUGUCCGACCAUAUCGCCCUCGCUGAGAAUCUCACCCAGCCCGUCAAGAGGCGGAUGCCACGGGUCUACCUCGUCCGCCACGGCGAGACUGAGUGGUCUUUGAAUGGCAGGCAUACCGGUGUAUCUGACAUCCCGCUCACCGAGAAUGGGGAGAAGACGGUCAAGGAGAUGGGACCCAAGAUGAUGGGAGCUGGCAAGCUGAUCGACCCCACCCACCUCCGUCACAUCUUCGUCUCCCCGCGCAAACGCGCUCAGCGGACCGCAGAGCUCCUCUUCGGUGACAAUAAACCCGACAAGAUUAACAUGUCCACCGAGCCCGAAGUGGGAGAGUGGGACUACGGAGCGUACGAAGGCAAACUGACCAAGGACAUCAGGAAGGAGAAGCCGAACUGGGACAUCUGGACAGAUGGCUGCCCGGCUGGCGAGACGCCCGGAGAGAGUCCACAGCAGAUGUCGGACCGGGUCGAUCGGGUCAUCGCCAGGGUCCGGGCAAUCCACGCUGCGGCCGAGGAGUGCGCGUCGAAACCUGAAGACAUCGAUCACUCGGACGUCAUCAUCUUCUCGCAUGGUCAUUUCUCCCGCUGCUUUAUUGCCAGGUGGUGCAACUUCCCCAUCUCGGCGGGGUACCACUUUGCAUCUGAUGCUGGAGGGCUCGCUGUAUUGGGCUACCAGCACAUGACGCUCAAGGAGCCAUCGCUCAUGGGUCUCAACUGGUACUCUGAAGACUCGCUCGCCAGGCGAUAA